AUGGCUGCUGCAAGUCUCGUUCGAAGUGCUUUUAAUGGAUUAGUACGAAAAUCCACAACGUAUAAAACACCGAUAGUAUGCAGACUAUCCACCGUAGCCCUUCGUCAAAAAUUCUAUACAGUAAAAGCUUUCGCUAGGACACAAAACAUUCUCGACAAUAAAAAUGGGGUACAAUUUCAUCGUAAAGUGCAGUUCGCCACGGGACCCGAGCGUAAGAUAACGCAGGAGGAGAUCGAGGACCGAGUGAUCAAAGUUUGCAGGGCUUACGACAAGCUCAAUCAGAAAAUCAGUGUCCGUAACUACAGCGGUGGUCCUCCGCUAACGCUCGAUCUUAUUAGAAGUAGGGUUAUUCUUGUUCUUCAACUUUAUGACAAAAUUAACCCUGAAAAGCUUUCAUUGGAGUCUCAUUUUAUGACUGACUUGGGUCUGGAUUCACUUGACCAUGUGGAGGUCAUUAUGGCAAUGGAAGAUGAAUUUGGGUUUGAAAUCCCCGAUGGAGAUGCGGAGAGGCUGGUUCGACCCAAAGAUAUUGUCCAAUACAUUGCCGACAAGGAAGACAUCUAUCAUUGA